AUGAAUUCUGAAGCAACUGCUCCUAGAUUACCGAAUAGGCCUCCCCAUAAGCAUGAACAAGCUAAAGCUUCCUUAAAGGAGGCCUUUCCUGACACAGAUGAUGCAAUAAUUCGAGCAGUUUUAGCGGCUAGUGGAUUCCGUGUUGAGCCAGCUUUUAAUGCUUUGUUAGGAUUGAAUGAUCCUAGUGUGGCCGAUGAAUUAGAACAAUUAUAUUCGAGUCCGAGUCCUGCCCCUCCCCAGGCGCCAUCAAGAGAAUCCGCUCGGAAGCAAUUGGAAGAAGAUGAGAUGUGUGCUAGGAGGUUAGCCAAACGAUAUCAAAAGUAUCCUGCAUCGAAUGGUGAUCGUAAACCCACGAUGGAUAGAAAAGCGGUGCCAAGGAGUGAAAACCGGAAAUACUCUUACGAUGAAGACAAUGAAGACUACUCAUUCAUUGAGGAUGAUUUGCCGGUCUUAAAAGAUAAUUUUGUUCGUGGAUUUCAAUCGAUUAAGCAACGAAGCAUGGCAUGGAUGGAUAAAGUUGCUUCUAAGCUUGAAGGAGGUGAUGAAUACGAAGAGAAUAAUUAUGAAAGUCCAGCUUAUAGUAAACGAUCACAAAAGCCAGCCUCCACUGCUGCCGAUUUGGAGUCUGCGUACGAGGAUAAUCCUCCACCCAUGCCUGCACGGAGAAGCGCUAAGCCAGAUACUACGAUAUCACUUCCUCCUUAUGAAGCAGAUCCCCACAUGUUGAAUGAAAAGGAUUUUGAGCGCCUCCGGUUGGAGUCUACAUCAUCUCCAUUGAUGGGUCGUUCUUCUUUGGCUUCUACUAGAAAGUCAGUUGAAUCAAGCUCUUCGGCUUUUGCUGGAGGCCAGUCAUUAGUUUUGGACAGCAAUGGAGCUAUAGAAAGUUCCAAUUCCGCAUUUGCUUUAGACGAUAGCGAUUUGGAAUCGACCUAUGAAGAAGACACAGCCAAAAAGGAUUCCACUAUUGUUGCAAACAAAGAAAAGGAUGCUGACCAACAGCAAAGGGAAAACGCUCGUGACCUUGAAAGUGUUUCUGAAGAACAGUAUGGUCCUGCCCCAAAGACAGAUCAGGAGGAUGCUGUAAAAGAGAACGAUAAGAAAGAUACGACGAAAGAUUCCAAUGCCGAUAAAAUCGAAACGAAAUCCAUCCAAGAUGCUUCAAAUAUAAACGAAAAUACUGAACAUGACAAAGAAGAGAAGAAGCAUACGGCGAAUGGUGUAAGUGCAAGUGCGAAUGCAAACUCGAAUACGAAUACAAAGACGGAGAACGUUGAGCAUGAGAAGAAAGACGAACCUUCAAAUUCUAAUGAAAAGCCCAAGGAUGAAGAAGAUACAAAAGAAAAAACUACAGCGUCCGAGAAAAAGGACGAGCCAAUUUCAUAA